AUGAAUAACGAAGAGUUAGUUAUUCAAGACGAGUACGUGUACAAAGAAGAGACACGACUCACAGUUAUGAAAACCUCUAGAUUCUUCAAUGGUGAUGGGUUUGUCGUGUAUGAUUGUAAGGGACAACUCGUUUUCCGAUUCGACUCGUAUGGACCUAACACUCGUGAUAAGGAAGAGCUUGUUCUUAUGAAUCCUCACGGUCGUUCUCUUCUCACCUUGCGCCGAAAGAAAAUAAGUCUACAUAGACGAUGGGAAGGUUUUAAAGAUGACAAAAAGGAAGGAGAUAAGGCAAUUUUCGAUGUAAGGAGAUCGUCAAUAAUCGGACGAUCACAAACAAAUGUAAUAGUGGAGGUACAUGAUAACCCAAGUAUGUUGUACCUCAUUGAAGGGUGUUUCUCUCAAAGAUCUUGUAAGAUUUUCAACACCAGAAAGAAGUUAGUGGCUGAGAUUCGUCGCAAGGUGGACCCUGCCACUAGUGUUAUGCUUGGAAAAGAAGUCUUUGUGCUUUGUGUUCAACCUAAUUUUGAUGUUUCUUUUAUUAUGGGAUUGAUUUUGGUUCUUGAUCGAAUCAAUGGUGAGAGUCUCUUUGAUAAUGAAACUAUUGAGACUUCGGUGCACCCUACUUCAGAGGAUUAA